CCGCCUCCAAGGACUCGGGGCUCGCCCGCCCCCUCGGCCACGACGAGGCCCUGGCGGCCUCCUGCAAGCUGCCCGUGCUGGAGGAGACCUCCAAGAACAAGGUGGCCUCGUGGCUGAGCUCCAACAGCGUGGCUGAGGGCUUCCAGGACGGCGACAGCAGCUCGUCCUUCCGCGGGGGCGAGGCGGGAGACACCAAGCCUGUGAAGGUGGAAAACCCUGGGGAGAGGGAGAAGGGAUGCGUUCCCACCCCAGGAGAGAUGAACAGAGAGAUGAAGGCAGCCAAGAAGGAGGAACCUGAGGAACCGACCAAAAUCACGGGGCUGAGCAUGCCGGGCCGGAGGUACGGAUACAACCCCUGCCCCCCGAAGCUGGAGGGCAUCCGGCGACCCCUGAGCCGCACGGCGCUGCUGCAGAGCCGGCGCCACUCCCUGCCCCUGCAGCCCCCCAGCGAGGACGUGCUGACGCUGCUGAGCAGCACCGACAGUGACGGUGAGAACGGGCAGGUCCCGGCGGGGCAGGCCCCGGGCACCGCCAACGACAGCGACGACAUCCAGACCAUCUCGUCGGGCUCUGAGGAGGAGGAGGACAAGAAAAACCCCUCGUUGGGGUCAGGUCCCGUGAAGAGGCAGGUGGCUGUGAAAUCCACCCGAGGCUUCGCCCUGAAAUCCACCCACGGCAUCGCCAUCAAAUCCACCCCGCUGGCCGCGGGCGACAAGGGCGAGAGCGCGGGGCCCGUGCGCAGGAGCACGCGGCAGUUCUACGACGGCGAGGAGAACUGCUACAUCAUCGACGCCAAGCUCGAGGGCAACCUGGGCCGCUACCUCAACCACAGCUGCUCCCCCAACCUCUUCGUGCAGAACGUCUUCGUGGACACCCACGACCUUCGCUUCCCCUGGGUCGCCUUCUUCGCCAGCAAGAGGAUCCGGGCGGGCACGGAGCUGACGUGGGAUUACAACUACGAGGUGGGGAGCGUGGAGGGCAAAGAGCUGCUGUGCUGCUGCGGGGCCAUCGACUGCCGGGGCCGCCUGCUCUGAGCCCGCCCUGCUGCCACCACCCUGGUGCUUCCCUCGGGGAGGGAAAUGGUUCUCAAGAGGUUCUGUGUUCUCCUGUUCGCUUGGGAAGUUACGGCUGGGCGCGGGGCGGGAAGGGAAUCUGGCUGUGCUCAGGGGGGCAUUCCCAGCCCCUGGGCUUCUCCCACCUUCCAGAGGCUCCGGUUACCACGACAACCUCUCUCAGGAAAGGAGCUUUGCCUGCUCUCUUCCAGCUCUCCACCAAACUUGAGGCACAACCCCCUUGUUUUCCAGCAGGAAGCACUUCCCCAAGACUCCCAGCUUGGUGGUUGGGACUGAGGCCUGGGAAGUGGGAGGGAGAGGGUGUUGGAAUCCCAGCACAGUGGGACCAAUCCCGAUUUCUGUGACACGAAUCAUCUGUGAGAUGAUGUUGUAAAGAAUCUUUUGUUCUUUUGAUUGUUAAAAAAGCAAUAAAAUUAAUGUUUUUCUAUUAAAAAUCAUCUACCAUGGCCUUCAGGCAGUGAAGAGCCCUGGAAGAGCAGCACUGAACCACUUCCCACCAUCCUUGUUUCUGUGGGGUUUGCAGGAAAAGCGCCAGAGGCCCCGGGAACAGGGGUAAGGAGCUCCCACAUUUUCACCUUUCCUUCACCUUUCCUC